CUAACUCCCUAUAAAAUGGUUAGCCUCCCCCUUACACGUACGUACUCCUCCAAAAAUAACAAAAUGAUCGAUCAUCUCCUUCUCAUGUUGCCACCUUUUCUUCUCUCUUCCGUCGCCUUCUCUUCACCGUCGCCGUCCUCCUUCCCGCCGGUGGUCGACGUCAACGGCGACGUGCUCAUGCUUGGAAAGCCGUACUAUGCAUUCUCCGGGGGCACUUUCCUACACCCGCUCGGCUUAUGCCUACCCUACAACACCAACGGAUACGCGGCUGCCAGGAACGACGUCGUCCAGUGCCCCUUCUUCAAGGAAGACUCGCGUGGAUUCCCGAUCACUUUCUCGCCGGUAAAAGACGACGACGACGACGAUGGAGACGAAAAAAGCCGUGUGGUCCGGGAGAACACGUUUUACAGGGUCCAGUUUUCCAUCGCCGGAAAAGACUCCGGCGACGGAGAAAAAGAGGACUGGGCCUCGAAGAAGAAACGAAGACGUUUCAAGCCCGCUUGGUACUUAAAGAGCGGAGAAUCUCCACACCAGAUGUUCGUGGCAGCAGGCCCAAAGUCUAUAUCGGCCCAAUUCGCGAUCAAGAGAGUGAGGCUCGGUUACAAGAUUGUUUACUGCGUUGAAAGUCAAUCAUCGGGUCGGUUUCCUACUUGCUAUUGGGCCGGGUUCAUAAAGAAUAAUGGGUAUAACCACCUUGGUAUCGGGCUGGGGGCUUUCCCGGUCCAGUUUUUCUUCAAGAAGGAGAAUGACACCUGUUUUAAAGAUAAACCAUGCACGUAGUCUGUAAAAUACUACCACUACUACCACCCAGGGAGUCCUAGAGUAAAUAAAAAUUACUAAUUGAUCUGUUAAUCUACACUAAUUAUCAUGUGUGUCUUAGUGUUUAUAAUUGUAUGUUUGAUUAAAUAAAAAGUAGCAAAAAUGACUAGAUUAUAUGAUAAUCUUUGCAUUACUGUGU